UUGGAUGAAUCUGAUGAGGACGACAGUCAGCAUGAUGACCCGGAAGAUGAUGAUGACGAUGCUACGGUUGAUGAUGUUGAUCAUGAUGAUUCCCUUGAUGAUGAAGAUGAUGAUUCCGAUGAUUUCGGUGCUGAUGAUUAUUAUUAUGAUGACUGUUAUAAUGAUCAUGAUUAUGAUGAUGAUUGGGGUAUGAAAAUGAUUAUCAUGACUCGGAUGAUUAAUUGUGAUUUGAUGUAUUUGGAUGAAAAAUGCUAUUUGUAUUUCGCCGAUCGUCUGGGCGACACAUUCCGUUGGCGUGGGGAAAAUGUGUCCACUUCGGAAGUGGAAUCUGUCGUGAAUUUAGUGGUGACAAAUCAAAGUAAUGUGGUUUACGGUGUAAACGUCCCAGGUAUUGAAGGUCGCGCGGGCAUGCUAGCUCUGGCUGUGAACUGGAAUGAACUGAGCGAAGAAAAGGAGUCUAUUUUGAUUGACAAUUUGACAAAAGCAUUCAAUAGUCAACUUCCCAGUUAUGCCCGCCCAGUAUUUAUCCGGCUAAGAGGGGAAUUGGACACAACUGGAACAUUCAAAUUACGCAAGGUGAAUCUAGUCAAAGAGGGGUUUUCUGUUCACAUGAAAGAUGAUCACUUAUAUUAUUGUGAGCCGAAAUCAAAAACAUAUCAACGUUUGGAUGAAAAAGCAUUCGAAGAGAUCCAAAAAGGCAUCAUCCGAUUAUGA